ACCCUAGAACCCUAGAUCGCGCCGCACCGUAGAAAAUCCCCCCCUCCUUCCUCCCUUCCUCGAGGUCUCUCCGCGCGCCGUCGGCGAUCUCCAUACCCCGUUCGCCGUUAAAUUCUGCAGAUUCGUACCUCCGCAACAAAACGAUGUCCGCCGGCGAGCUCGCCUGCACCUACGCCGUCCUGAUCCUCCACGACGACGGCAUCCCAGUCACCGCGGAGAAGAUCGCUGCUCUGGUCAAGUCGGCGAACGUCAGCGUCGAGUCGUACUGGCCGGGCCUGUUCGCCAAGCUGGCCGAGAAGAGGAACGUCGGAGACCUCAUCACGAACGUCGGGUCCGGCGGUGGGGCCGCUGCCGUGGCCGUCGCCGCGCCCGCCGGUGGGGCCGCUCCCGCCGCCGCCGCCCCGGCCGCCGAGGAGAAGAAGGAGGAACCGAAGGAAGAGAGCGAUGAUGACAUGGGAUUUUCCUUGUUUGAUUAGGAGCAUUUUGGUCUGUUAGAAAUUCCACUGGAGUUAUCUCUUGCUUUCGAAUUUUGUUCAUGUCUUACAAAGUUCGUCACAGUUUUCUGCUCCUUAGAUGCCAUUGCAGCUUCGGUUAUAUAUCAGAUAUGUGGAAUUACACUGCAUUUUAGCUCUAAGCACUUUGGUUUAACAUAGGAAUAAAUCCACAACCCAUUUUUGUUUUUCAAAUCAAAUGUAUGCUGAGAUUGACGUU